CGGAGGCGGCAACGAUGAGGAUGGCGGCGCUGGCGAGCGCGGCGGAGCGCGCGGUCCUGGAAGAGGAGUUCAAGUGGCUUUUACGAGAGGAGGUUCAUGCUGUCCUUCGGCAGCUGCAAGAUAUUCUGAAGGAAGCUUCUCACAGGUUUGCUUUGCCUAUGAGUGGCUCAGAGGGACCCAUCAAGCAAGAGAACUUUAUCCUGGGUAGUGCAAGCGCUGACCAGGUGAAGGGAGUGCUGACACUUCAGGGAGAUGCCCUGUGCCAAGCUGAUAUUAACUUGAAAAUGCCCAGGAAUAACCAGCUUCUACACUUUGCAUUCCGGGAUGACAAGCAGUGGAAACUGCAGCAGAUCCAGGAUGCGAGGAACCACGUUAACCAAGCCAUUUACCUGCUUACCAACCGAGGCGCCAAUUACCAGUUCCGGACUGGAUGUGAGGUCCUCAAGCUGAUGGAUGCGGUGAUGUUGCAGCUAACAAGAGCUCGUAAUCGGCUCACCACUCCGGCUACUUUGACCCUACCAGAAAUCGCCUCCAGUGGCCUCACGAAAAUGUUCACUCCUGCUCUGCCUCCAGACAUCCUGGUGAACUUCUACAUCAACCUCAAUAAGCUCUGCUUGACUGUUUAUCAGCUGCACGGCCUGCAGCCCAGUUCCACCAAGAACUUCAGACCAGCUGGUGGGUCCAUCUUGCACAACCCAGGGGCCAUGUUCGAGUUCGGCAACCAAAGAUACGAAGUCAGCCACGUCCAUAAGGUGGAGAGCGUCGUGCCCUGGUUGAACGACGCCCUCGUUUUCUUCACAGUGUCUCUGCAGCUCUGCCAGCAGCUCAAGGACAAGAUCGCUGUGUUCUCUGGCUACUGGAACUACAAGCUGUACUGAUCACACCUCAAAGGGCGGCCCCCCCUCCUUUUGAAGUUUCAGCCCCUUCCUUCCGGGGAGGAAACCCUGGUAUAAGCGGUGCAUAAGGAAGAGUUGUCAGGUCGCAACUCUCCGC